AUGGCCAUCAAGGAGAUUUUUACACAAUACGAACGGGCUUCAGGACAACAAGUCAACACACGUAAAUCGUCUUUAACGUUUGGAAAAAGAGUAAGUGAGCCAACCAAAACCCAUAUAAGACAUGUGCUUCAGAUACAUAAUGAAGGAGGAUGCGGCAAAUACCUUGGUCUCCCCGAACAAUUUGGUCGCAAGAAGAUUGAACUCUUCCAAUUCAUCAUCGAGAAUGUUAAAGGCAAAACAAAGGGAUGGAACAACAAAUUUCUCUCCCAGGGAGGUAAAGAAAUUCUCUUAAAAGCAAUAGCAAUGGCUAUGCCAGUUUAUACAAUGAACUGCUUUAAACUCCCAAAAGGAAUUUGUGAGGAUAUAGAACGGAUCAUUGCCCACUAUUGGUGGAACUCACAACAUCAAGGUUUUGCAACUCAUUGGGUAGCUUGGGAUAGAAUGAAAUACUCAAAGAGGGAGGGAGGGCUUGGUUUUAGGGAUAUAGAUAAAUUCAAUGAUGCUUUACUAGCUAAGCAAGCAUGGCGUAUCCUCCAAAACCCCAAUAGUCUACUGACACGAACACUAAGAGGUAGGUAUUUCGCAAACUCUGGUAUCCUUGAAGCAAAUGAUGGUGUUCAACCUUCUUUUGGCUGGAAAUCAUUGCUCAUUGGUAGAGAUCUCCUCCGCAAAGGUUUACGUUUUACAGUUGGUGACGGUCAUCAAAUAGCUACUUGGUCUGAUCCAUGGUUAUUAACCCAUCCCCCACGUCCGCCAAGGAAAGCUCAAGACAAUCAACCUGAUGAGAUCUCCUUCUGUAAAUAA